AUGGGAAAUGCUUCAGACACAUCUGUUGUGUUUAACUCCAGCAUCUCCGAGGAGCAGGACAUCCUCAUGGGUUCACUCUACAGCGUCUUUUGUAUACUGUCCCUCAUGGGCAACUGCACUCUGCUGCUUGUUGCAUAUCACAAGCGGUCGACCCUGAAGCCAGCUGAGUUCUUCAUCAUCAAUCUUUCCAUCAGUGACCUUGGGAUGACCCUCUCUUUAUUCCCACUGGCGAUACCAUCAUCUUUGACACACAGGUGGCUGUUUGGAGAAAUCGUCUGUCAGCUCUAUGCAAUGUGCGGAGUACUGUUUGGUCUAUGCAGCUUGACCAACCUCACAGCCCUGUCCUUAGUGUGCUGCCUUAAAGUCUGCUUCCCCAGCCAUGGUAACAAGUUCUCCUCGUCACACGCCCGCCUCCUGGUCGUCGGAGUGUGGUGUUACGCGUCUGUGUUUGCCGUAGGGCCCUUGGCACAUUGGGGACAUUACGGCCCCGAACCUUACGGCACAGCCUGCUGCAUUGACUGGCAUGCACCCAACCACGAGCUUUCAGCUUUGUCUUACAUUGUCUGCCUUUUCGUCUUUUGCUAUGCACUGCCCUGCACCAUCAUCUUCCUCUCCUACACUUUCAUUCUGCUGACAGUGCGAGGGUCACGCCAGGCCAUCCAGCAGCAUGUGUCACAACAGACCAAGACCACCAGUGCACACGCUCUCAUUGUCAAGCUGUCAGUAGCAGUAUGUGUAGGCUUCCUGGGUGCCUGGACUCCAUAUGCUGCGGUGGCCAUGUGGGCUGCUUUUGGAGACGCCACACGGGUUCCUGCUAAUGCAUUUGCCCUCGCCGCCGUGUUGGCCAAGACUUCCACUAUCUACAACCCUAUGGUCUACCUGCUGUGUAAGCCAAACUUCCGCGAGUGUCUCUACAGAGACACGUCUAUGUUACGACAGAGGAUCUACAGGGGAAGCCCCCAGUCCGAACCGAAAGAACGUUUCGGGUUGACCUCGCAGCGCAACACGGACAUGAACAUCUCCAUGCGUUUCUCAAAUGGACAGCAGGAGAGCUAUGGGGCGUGUCUGCACUGCACCGAGACUGCAGCCGCCUGUCAUUUGACCGCACCCCAAAGGACUGCCUGCGUCCUGACAGGUUCCAGCUACACAGACGUGACAGUUAGCCAGCUCUCUACGAAACCACAGGCUGAUUUUCUCUAGUGGUACAACCUCCUUCUUUCAUGAAGCAAACAAGACCGGACAGAUGCUCACAAAGACAAGAGAGAACACCAGGCAUGGACAACAAAACAACAAAGGGCCUGCACAAGUUAUAGUAAGAGUGUGUCGCCAAGACUUGAUAGAAUAGCAACAUCACAGGC